AUGUGCGGUGACGUCUUCUUUCAAUGGAAGCCCCAACUCGACUCCAAUUUCCCCGUCGACACCCUGCGAGCCAUCACCCACUCAGAAAUGUGGUUCGAUUAUAAACAGAGCCGAAUGAUGAGCACCCAGUGUUACCAGCAGCUAGGCAAAGAACAUGGAAUCUCAGAAAAGGAGAUUGCCCGGAUGUUCCGCCACAGUACAGGUUGCUUGAUGCCCAACCCGAGAAUGACCCGGUUGCUGUAUGAGUUGAAGAAUCGUGGGCUCGCGAUCUACAUGAUGACGAAUAUUCCACGGAUUCAUUUUGACCAACUGCGAUCUGUGGAAUAUGAGUGGGACUUGUUCGACGCGAUAUUUGCGUCAGGAUAUGUCGGCAUGCGGAAGCCAAAUCGUUGCUUCUAUGAACUCGUUUUGAAAGAGACUAGCACGGCGGCGUUGGAAGCAAUUUUUAUCGAUGACAAAAAUGAAAAUGUCCUAGCAGCAGAGGAGGUUGGCAUGGCGGGUCUAUUGUAUGACGGUACAAAGGCAGAUGAGUUCUGGGCUCAGCUGAUGGAUAUCUUAAGCGGAAAGGCUACAGAUAGUAUGGCAUAG